GGCACGGGAGCCCAGCCACUGCGCCAUGCUGGGCCCCGGGUGGCCUGCAGCCAGCCCGACGCCGCCCCCCAGAUAGUCAUGAGCAGCCACAGCCACAAUGGCAGUGUGGGGCAGCCGCUGGGCAGCGGGCCGGGGGCCCUGGGCCGAGAUCCUGUGGACCCUGAGGCUGGCCGUGCCCCGCAGCCCCUGCCCAGCCCAGGCCUGCAGGUGGUCGUGGACAAGAACGAGCUGGCCCGGCCCUCCCCCAGCAGUCCCCUGGGGCAGGACGAGGAGGAGGAGGAGGAGGAGGAGGACAAUGAGGAGGAGGAAGAGGAGGAGGGCGGGCGGGGGCAUUCGGGGAGGCCCCCGAAUGCAGGCCACCGCCUGGGCCACCGGAGGGCCCUCUUCGAGAAGCGGAAACGGCUCAGUGACUAUGCACUCAUCUUUGGCAUGUUUGGCAUCGUUGUCAUGGUGACCGAGACGGAGCUGUCCUGGGGCGUCUACACCAAGGAGUCCCUGUACUCGUUCGCUCUGAAAUGCCUCAUCAGCUUCUCCACCAUCAUCCUGCUGGGCCUCGUCGUCCUGUACCAUGCCCGGGAGAUCCAGCUCUUCAUGGUGGACAACGGCGCGGACGACUGGCGCAUCGCCAUGACCUGCGAGCGGGUGCUGCUCAUCUCGCUGGAGCUGGUGGUGUGCGCCGUGCACCCGGUCCCCGGCCACUACCGCUUCACGUGGACGGCGCGGCUGGCCUUCACGUACACGCCAUCGGAGGCCGAGGCGGACGUGGACGUGCUGCUGUCCAUCCCCAUGUUCCUCCGCCUCUACCUGCUGGGCCGCGUCAUGCUGCUGCACAGCAAGAUCUUCACGGACGCCUCCAGCCGCAGCAUCGGCGCCCUCAACAAGGUCACCUUCAACACGCGCUUCGUCAUGAAGACGCUCAUGACCAUUUGCCCCGGCACCGUGCUGCUGGUCUUCAGCAUCUCCUCCUGGGUGGUCGCCGCCUGGACCGUGCGCGUCUGCGAGAGGGAAAACAUGUACCACGACAAGCAGGAGGUGACCAGCAACUUCCUGGGCGCCAUGUGGCUCAUCUCCAUCACCUUCCUAUCCAUCGGCUACGGUGACAUGGUGCCGCACACCUACUGCGGGAAGGGCGUGUGCCUGCUCACCGGCAUCAUGGGUGCCGGCUGUACAGCACUUGUGGUGGCCGUAGUGGCCCGGAAGCUGGAGCUCACCAAGGCUGAGAAGCACGUCCACAACUUCAUGAUGGACACGCAGCUCAACAAGCGGGUGAAGAAUGCGGCCGCAAACGUUCUCAGGGAGACAUGGCUCAUCUACAAACACACCAGGCUGGUGAGGAAGCCAGACCAUUCCCGGGUUCGGAAACACCAGCGUAAGUUCCUCCAAGCCAUCCAUCAGGCGCAGAAGCUGAGGAGUGUGAAGAUGGAGCAGCGGAAGCUGAAUGACCAGGCCAACACACUUGCUGACCUGGCCAAGACCCAGAGCGUCAUGUAUGACCUGGUGGCUGAACUGCACGCCCAGCAAGAGGACCUGGAGGGCCGCCUGGCCGCCCUGGAGAGUCGCCUGGACGCGCUGGCCACCUCCCUGCAGGCCUUGCCUGGCCUCAUCGCCCAAGCCAUACGCCCAUCACCACCACCGCCCCUGCCACCCCGGCUGGGCCCUGGGUCCCCGGCUCCGGCUGCCUGGAGUCCCUCGAGCCGGCGGCCGCCCACGGCCCCCUCAGACUGCGGGUGACGGCCCUGCCCGCCACCAGACCCCCAAAUCUUGGCCAUCGUGUGGCCACCGCCUCCACACCGCCCAGGGAGGCCUGUCCAGUGGCACCUCCAGGAGAGCCAGAA